AUGAAGAUAACAUUUAUAGUUUUGGUCUUAUUAUUAGCUCAAACUUAUUGUGAUAUUCCACCAAAUGAUUGUCCUGAUAAUUUUGAAUUCAUUAAUGGAUAGUGUUUCCAAUGUAAGCCAGGAUAUUAAUCAGGAGGUGGCUAUCCUUGUAUGAAAUGCUCAGCUGGUACUUUUUUUAUUAAACCAAAUUAUUGUGGUCAAUGUGGAUAAGGUUUUACUUCUUUAUAUGGUGGUUUUUGCUUUAAGUGCCCUGAAGAAGCUAAAAUUGAUUUAAACAUGGUCUGCCAAUGCCCUACUAACUACUGCCUUACAAACAUUAAUUCUUCACCUGAAUGCACAUUAUGUUCACCAUAAAAUUCAUAAAGCAAUAAUAACAAUAAUAAUAAUAACAAUAAUAGUUAAAAUAGUAAUAAUGCUAAUAGUAAUAAUUUAUGUAAAUAAGACACUAAGACAUUUUCUUCAAUAUUAACUCUAGGAAUGUUAAUUUUUACAUUAAUCAUUUUCUGA